GCAAUAAAUUAGGCCGUCAUCGGCGAACUAAAACAAAAGUAAAUUACCUCUUAUCACUUUUAAAAUUAAAAAAAAAAAUAAUAAUAGCUUCAAGGAGAAAAUAUGCAAAUAAACAUUUUAUUAUCAGCCCGAAAGAUAACCUUCUCAGUUCCUUAACGAUGGCAUAAUUGAAAUUUGAUUGUGCUUGAGACAAGUGGCUCAAGUGAGCUAAACUUCAGCAUCCGAAACAAAACAGUUUAAAUAAUAAUAAGGUGAAAUAUGCUGCCUCAAAUAUCCAAAGAAGACGUCCUACUGGCCAUAGAACACAAAAUUGGACAUCGGAAUUUUACAAUUCUAUCGCAAGCACUAAACCCAGUCGAAGAAAAAACUGGCCUAUUGGGAGAUCAUUAUAUUUUAACUAUAUCAAUACAAAGUAAUGUUAAUAACCAAGAAACAUUAUUGAAUUUCUUCGUAAAGGCUUUUCCCGUACAAGAAGCAUUAGCCGAAUUUGCUUCCGCAAGCGGAGCGUUUGAAAAAGAAGAAUUUUCCUAUAAACUAUUUGAGACGUAUGAACAUAAUCUCAUUAGAAAUUGUGUUGCUAAUUGCUAUUUAAUACAGCCGAAUAAAUAUUUGAUUUUAGAGAAUCUUGGAGAAUACAUCAUGCCAAAUAAAUAUGAAUGUUUAACUUAUGAAAAUAUUCUAGUAAUUCUACGACAUCUAGCACAAUUUCACGCGAGUACAUUAAUAUUUGAAGAAAAGUCAAAUAAAAAAAUUAUUGAGGGCAAUGAAAAAAUCUUUCAAGAUUGCCUUUAUCGCGAUGGUGCACAAUUUGCUAAUAAAAACGCUAUAGCAAGCACUUUAAAUUGCAUUUUAUUUGAAAUCGACUAUUUCAAAUUUCCGAAAAAAAUGUCCAGUGCGGCAGAAACACUUUAUAAAAAAAUAUUUGAUUUAGUGAAACCUUCAAAGAAAUUCAGAAACGUUUUAUGCCACGGCGAUUUGUGGGCGUCAAAUUUAAUGCUUAAACCAGAUGGUUGCAAAUUUGUUGAUUUUCAAAGUAUCAGAUACGUUCCACCUUCUCAUGAUGUCCUUUCUCUGAUUUUUUCAACAACUUCUAGGGAUUUCAGAAAAAAUCACUUGUACGAAUUGUUAGGGAUUUAUUAUAAUUAUCUGGAAAAGAUUCUCAAAAUUUCUGGCUACAAUUUAGAUAAAAUAUUACCGUUUCAGGAAUUCUUAGAAUCUUGCGAAGAGCAGAAGUUGUUUGCAAUACUUUCAGCAGCAGGAAUUAUUCCUUUGAUUUUGAGUAAACGAGAAUUAAUAGAAAAAUAUUAUAGCGAUAAGGAAUUGUAUUAUAAAGUAUUUAGAGAAGAUAGGAGUGUUUUAAUUAUAGAUAAUGAGGAUAACGACGUAUUCAUGACUAGGGCAAAAGAAUCUAUUGAAGAUCUUAUAGAAGAAUGUACAAAAUUUUGUGAAAUAAAGAAUUGUUGAGUUAAUUUCUAUUUCAU